UUGCCGAGCGAGGAUAGGGACACACUGAAACAUCCUAUAGAAGAUAACACUGUGCUGUUUGCAGUCAACAAAACCUUUGGCUAGAGAGAGAAAAUAACAUGCACAGAUACAUUACCACCCAGACACUGGCUGUCUCCCUUAGAAGCAUUAGUAAUCCCUCCUCUUAUACUUUCUGAAGUUUCCUUCUUUCUUCCCAAGUCUGGAGUGGAAGAUUGGCUUGUUUUCUGUUUAUUCGUUAUGUGAGGCUUCAACUCCGAGCUGUUAGUAAGCCUGGGGGAAUGCAGGGCAAACCAAAGAAGAUUUGAAAGAUACUGAGCAUCUCUUGCAGCUAAGUAAAGCAGCAGAGGGUAUUUUCUAGGGCCUGCUUUCAUUUCUAAACUAGUAUCUGCCAAAUUUAUUAUGGCAGGAGGAGCUCUAGCAUCUUCUGAAUAUGCAGCAUGCAGCUGCAAACAAAAUGUUUCAGUACAGCAUCCACUCUUUGGUGAUUCGCACAUCAGUACCAUCUCUAAGACCAACGGCAGAAGACUUCAGGUUACAUGUCCUCCCAUGGGCCCGAGAACAUUCGCUAAGCCAUUCUUAGGAAUAAAUAAUUACACAUCUCCCUAUUUUCAAUCACGAAAUGGUUUUCACACAAUACAUUCCGAGAACAGCCCUGUAAAACCAAGAAUUAUUACCGUAGUAAAGCCAGGAAGCCAUCCUUUGAAAAAGAUCACAUUACUACUAAACAAGAGGUCUGUCCAGACUUUUGAACAACUAGUUGCUGAUAUAUCAGAAGCACUUGGUUUUCCGAGGUGGAAAAAUGACAGAGUGAGGAAACUCUAUAACCUGAGAGGCAAAGAGAUACGAAGUAUAUCUGAUUUCUUUCGUGGGGAUGACAUUUUUAUAGCUUUAGGAAGAGAACAGCUGACAACAAAGUGCAUUGACUCUGUUUUUGACGAACUUUACCCUGAGAGGUCAUUGAAGAAAAGCAAGGACCAGGAUGAAAAACGGAGGUAUGGUCUGGAAAAUAAAGGGUUAAAUAUUGAUAAUGUCUACAGUGAUACUGAUGUCGAACACAAGUGUGAGGAUACAAUGUCUCCCAGAGGUGCCACCAAAUUUGACAGAAGAACAAAUGACAAGUGCAGGGCUGAGGAAACAAAGAGGCUGAAACAGAGUGAUAGUGAAAAAUGUGACAAGGAAAAAGAAAAAUGUUUUGGGCCUAUUAAAAAGGCUGAGCACCACUGUAAUAAGCAAAACCUUAUAAAGUGCACAAGCUUGAGUUGCCUCAUCAGAUGUGAUCAUUGCAGAAUACACAGUCAUAGGAACAUCCAUAACAGAGACUAUAUAAAAGACAAAUCAUUUGAAGGCACUGGUACCAUUUCCCUUCAAAGGCUUCCUUUUAACAAAGAAGAAUUCAAAAAUUGCAGGAAGUGCCCACUGGGAAAUAUCCAAGAGGAGGAUCUAAGACUUACAUGCAAAGUUUGUAACUGCAAAUUGAAAGACACUGAAAGAGACGGCAGCUUAGGAGAUGACUUGAUAAAUAACAAUAUUGAAAUGUUUGAAAAAACAGAAUGGCAGGACUCUAGACUACCAAAGGAUAACAUUUAUAGAAAGGAGCUGAAAAAAAAGCAGUGCAGGGAUGUGAUAGAUGGUUUACCAAUGGGGACCCACAUCAAUGUGCUUUUACAGAAUGAUUCUCAGGAACCAAAGCAAAGCACAUCUUUCUUGCAUGGAGACAACAGAACAGUUAAUGGUUAUGGUAAUAAAAAAGAAAAGACAAAGGACUUUGACCCACAAAUAUUAAAAACUGAAGUUGGACCUGUGGGAUUUCAGCCCCAAGUUAGAGGCGAUGCAAAAGGGAAUUGCCUUUUCACUUUAAAGAGACCAUGUUGCAUCAAAACCAGAAGGGAUAUAGAAAGUUACUAUGAAAUUGAUAGGACUAUUGGAGAUGGAAACUUUGCAGUUGUAAAGGUGUGUAGACCUUGGAAUGAAAAUCAGGAAUAUGCUAUGAAAAUUAUUGAUAAAUCUAAACUCAGAGGAAAAGAGGAAAUUAUUGAAAAUGAAGUCAGGAUCAUCAAAAAUCUUUCACAUCCCAACAUAGUUAAACUGUUCAGUGAUUAUGAAACAGAUAAAGAGAUUUACUUGAUUCUGGAGUAUAUCAGGGGUGGGGACCUGUUUGAUGUGAUUACAGAGAGCAUUAAAUUCACUGAACACGAUGCUGCCCUUAUGUUGAUUGACUUAUGUGAAGCACUUCAGUAUAUUCACAGCAAACACAUUGUCCAUAGAGACCUCAAACCUGAAAAUCUUUUGGUACAGCGUAAUCCAGAUGGAUCAAAAACAUUAAAACUAGCUGAUUUUGGCCUUGCUAUUUAUGCUACAGGGCCGAUAUUUACAGUUUGUGGAACACCUACAUAUGUAGCUCCAGAAAUCCUAUCAGAAAAAGGUUAUGGUUUGGAGGUUGACAUGUGGGCUACUGGAGUCAUUUUAUACAUACUGCUCUGUGGAUUCCCACCUUUUCGAAGUCCAGGUCGCGAUCAGGAAGAACUAUUCCAAAUUAUACAGAGUGGAGAAUAUGAGUUUCUCUCACCUUACUGGGAUCAUAUUUCAGAAGAAGUUAAAGAUUUAAUCAGCAAGCUUCUAGUGCUUAAUCCCAAGAUCCGGUACUCUGCUAAGUGUGUCCUUCAGCACAGCUGGGUCACUUCAAGGGGACAAACGAACAGCCGGAAUCUACAAAGAGAAGUAACCGUAAAUAUUGAGCGUCACUUCAGGAACAGACAAAAGAAAGAAGUGACUGAUGCUGACAAGUGACAAGCUUUUGGAAAAUAAGGCAUCAGGAAUUUUAUUUCUAGUUUAAAUGUUACGUUUUAGUUAUUCAUACAGAGAAUUAAUGAUCUCAUUGAUAAUAUUCUUUAGGUCCAUCAUAAGUAAACAUAUUCUAGUGUAAUUAUAGCAGUUAUUGUUAUUUGUCUUCAUUGUAUCAUACAUUUUUUUGUCUUUAUCACAGUAUAUAUUUCUCCUUGAUAGAACCAGUGUAGAUUACAUUCCACUGUUAUAUACAGUUAGUUCUUGACUUAUUUUUGCAACUAUAGAUUUAGCAUGGCUUAGGCAGCCCUUUGAAGUGAAGCUAUUUAUUUUAACUACUGACAUCCUUAAUACCUUUUAUACUUUUAACUUAAAGAGUAGGAUAAUGCAGGUGAGGUCUCUUAUCCAGAAAGCUCUGAAUUAUGAGAAUACCACCUCCAUCUACAUUUAUCAAAUAAUUCUAAUGGUUUCAAAUUAUUUUUGUAUAAUAAUAUUAAUAAUAAAACAGUACCUUGUAAGCUAUUAUUAAUCUGUAUUGGUGACAAACCAGUUCUACUGGGUUUGUUUAAUAGUUAAAGAGUUUUUAGGUAGACUUAAGGUAUGGUGAAACAAAUUAUGGAAAGAACCAUUAUCUGGAAAAUUCCUAAGCAUUGUGGAUAAUAGGUCCCAUACCCAUAAUUAGCAAUAUCAAUCCUGUUAGUACCAGGAUGUUUAAAGCAAUGUGAAAGGAACCAAAAAUCCAAUUUGCAAACAUUGAUUUAUUUUUAAUUACGACAUAAUGAAGAAUAUUUGCUUUGUGAAGAUUGGCAAUUGAACUUUUUGAACCAACUUUUACACCAUUUUUGGAGUAAAAUAUUUUAUACAGAUUACAAUAACAAUACAUUUGUAGCCUUUGUUUUUUAGA